UCUCUUUCAUUCUUCACAAAAUAAUCAAAAUCAAUGGAAUCUGAAAUCGCCUCUGAGUUUCCUCCCUUCUGCCGGAUUUACAAAGACGGUCACGUCGAACGACUCAUGGGCACCAAAACCAUCCCGGCUUCUCUAGAUCCAACACACGACGUCGUUUCAAAAGACGUUAUAUACUCACCGGACCUUAACCUCUCCGUUCGUCUCUUCCUCCCUCACAAAUCCACAAAACUCACCGCCGGUGAAAAACUCCCUCUACUUAUCUACAUCCACGGCGGAGCUUGGAUCAUCGAAUCACCUUUCUCCCCAAUCUACCACAAUUACCUCACAGAAGUUGUCAAAUCCGCUAACUGCCUCGCCGUCUCGGUUCAAUACCGUCGUGCACCGGAAGAUCCGGUUCCGGCUUCGUAUGAAGAUGCAUGGUCCGCGAUUCAAUGGAUCUUCUCUCAUUCUAACGGAUCUGGUCCUGUAGAUUGGAUUAACAAACACGCGGAUUUCGAUAAAGUGUUUCUCGCCGGAGAUAGCGCCGGCGGUAAUAUAUCGCAUCACAUGGCGAUGAAAGCUGGUGAAGAGAAGAAGCUAGAUCUGAAAAUCAAAGGUAUUGGUGUUGUGCAUCCAGCUUUCUGGGGAACAGAUCCGGUUGAUGAAUACGAUGUUCAAGAUAAAGAAACGAGAAUCGGAAUCGCUGACGUUUGGGAGAAGAUCGUGAGUCCGAAUAGUGUUAAUGGAACGGAUGAUCCGUUGUUUAAUGUAAAUGGAUCCGGGUCGGAUUUUUCUGGAUUGGGAUGUGAGAAGGUUUUGGUUGCGGUGGCUGGGAAAGAUGUGUUUGUGAGGCAAGGUUUGGCUUAUGCGGCGAAGUUGGAGAAGAGUGAGUGGGAAGGAACUGUGGAGGUGGUUGAGGAAGAAGGUGAAGGACAUGUGUUUCAUUUGGAGAAACCUAAUUCUGAUAAGGCUUUGAGAUUCUUGAAGAAGUUUGUCGACUUUAUUAUUGGUUGAUGAAUGCUUUUUUUUUUGUGUGUAAAUGUUGUUGAUGAUUUUAAAUUUUUAAGUGUGGUAUUUUGAAUUUAAUUAUAGUUUAUGUAAUCUUGUUUUUAAGAUAUAAAACACAUGAAUUUCA